AUGCCAUCAGCACUCCCAGGCCUGUCGGGUGGUUCAACAAUGUCCUCCUACAAUUCCCUCCUGCCCUCGGCGGCGCGGGGACUCCUGUCGUCAUGCCGUUUACCUCUCCGCCCGAGUCCAAUGGCCCCCGUUUUCUCCAGUGUUCAGCAGCAGGCUCGCGGAAUCAAGAGCAACAAUCCCCAGGCGCUGGCCAAAAAGGCUAAAGAGAAGAGCUCAAAGAAGACGGGGAAAAAGGGACCCCGGAUAUUCAGGCAAUCGGAUCUGAAGAGCGCGCAACAGUUCUCGCUUUGCGAGGCCAUGAGAUACAUCCGUGCGUUCGAAGUUGGUCGCGAGCCAACUAUCACAAAAUACGAAAUCCACAUCCGCUUGAGGACUCAGAAAGACGGUCCCGUCAUCCGUAACAUGAUCCGAUUCCCUCAUUCAGUGCAGACCGAAUCCCGAAUCUGUGUGGUGUGUCCUCCCGGUACGAGGCAUGAAAAAGAAGCUCGCGCGGCCGGUGCCGUCAUCGUGGGAGAGCAGGAGGUUUUCGACGCCGUGAAGGAUGGUCGUAUCGAGUUCGAUCGCUGCAUUGCCCAUCCCGAUAGUUUGCCGGCGUUGAACAAGGCUGGACUGGGUAGGAUUCUGGGUCCUCGGGGUUUGAUGCCUAGCGCAAAGACCGGCACGGUGGUCGAAGAUGUGGCCUCUCGGGUUGAGAUGCUGCGCGGCGGUACUGUCUACCGCGAGCGUGAUGCCGUCAUUCGAUUCCCCAUCGGACAGUUGGCCUUCACUCCCGAGCAGCUGCGAGACAACCUGCGCACCACGAUUGAUCAGAUCAAGAAGGACGCGGCUGGUCUCAACGACCGUAUUAACAAGGAGAUCUACGAAGUGGUGCUGAGCUCGACCAAUGGCCCUGGCUUUAGUCUGACUGGAGACUUCAAGCCCGACGAUUCCUUCGAUACUGCAUCUUUGAGCGGUCUGUAA